CGUGGGCGGUGGGCGGUGCUGCCGGGAGCUUGGGUGCUGUCCAGAGGCGACUGGGCGUCGUUGCAGGAGUGAGCUGCGGAGCCGGUAGACCCCUGCACGUACGUGGGACAAAGCUUCAGCUGCCGUUGGACGACGUGCGGCCUCCCCUUGAUGUCGGCCCUGGAGAAGAGCAUGCACCUCGGCCGCCUGCCUUCGCGCCCUCCUCUCCCCAGCAGCGGGGGCAGUCAGAGCGGAGCGAAGAUGCGAAUUGGCCCUGGAAGGAAGCGAGACUUUUCUCCUGUUCCUUGGAGUCAGUACUUUGAGUCUAUGGAAGAUGUGGAAAUAGAGAAUGAAACUGGCAAGGAUACUUUUCGAGUUUACAAGAGUGGCUCCGAGGGUCCAGUGCUGCUUCUCUUGCAUGGAGGAGGCCAUUCUGCCCUCUCUUGGGCUGUGUUCACGGCAGCCAUCAUUAGUAGAGUUCAGUGUAGGAUUGUGGCCUUGGAUCUGCGAGGUCAUGGUGAAACAAAAGUCAAGAAUUCUGAAGACCUGUCUGCAGAAACAAUGGCAAAAGAUGUGGGCAAUGUGGUUGAAGCCAUGUAUGGAGACCUCCCUCCUCCGAUUAUGCUGAUUGGACACAGCAUGGGUGGUGCCAUUGCCGUGCACACAGCAUCAUCUAACCUGCUGCCAAGCCUCCUGGGCCUGUGUAUGAUUGAUGUUGUGGAAGGUACAGCCAUGGAUGCUCUUAAUAGCAUGCAGAAUUUCUUGCGUGGUCGUCCUAAAACCUUCAAGUCUCUGGAGAAUGCUAUUGAAUGGAGUGUGAAGAGUGGCCAGAUUCGAAAUCUAGAGUCUGCUCGUGUCUCAAUGUUUGGACAAGUCAAACAGUGUGAAGGAGUUACAAGUCCAGAAGGCUCAAAAUCUAUCGUAGAAGGAAUCAUAGAGGAGGAGGAGGAAGAUGAAGAAGGAAGCGAGUCAGUAAACAAGAGGAAAAAAGAAGAUGACAUGGAGACCAAGAAAGACCAUCCAUAUACCUGGAGGAUUGAACUGGCAAAAACAGAAAAGUACUGGGAUGGCUGGUUCCGAGGCUUAUCCAAUCUCUUUCUCAGUUGUCCUAUUCCUAAAUUGCUGCUCUUGGCUGGUGUUGAUCGGUUGGAUAAAGAUCUUACCAUUGGCCAGAUGCAGGGGAAGUUCCAGAUGCAGGUCUUACCCCAGUGUGGCCAUGCAGUCCAUGAGGAUGCUCCUGACAAGGUAGCCGAAGCUGUUGCCACUUUCCUGAUCCGGAACAGGUUUGCAGAGCCCAUCGGAGGAUUCCAGUGUGUGUUUCCUGGCUGUUAGUGGCCUGCUGUCCCCCCUCCCUCUACAUCGAGCUCUGUUGUGACUACAUCGUACCAGAGGCCACUGUGAUGCUGCUCUCUCCUCUUCACCAUUCUGCCCUGCCACGUGACGCCGGCUCCCUGUAGACGGGCUUCCCACAUGUACACAACCUUCCGUGUGUUCUGCCAAAAAACACAUUCUUUUCCAGGACCCUUGGCCAGUGUUGGCCUGCCCAGUCCAGGAUCUGCAGCUCUUACUCUCCUGUGUGUUCUCCCUGCCUUGCCUCGCCUAGGGUGACGCCUCCAGAGCUGCCCCCACCCUGGGUCCCUAUUCCUGGCAUCAGGCAGUGCACCAGGGCCCACAAGUCUCAGGCUCAGGGACCUCCAUUCCUUGAGACUGUUCUUGGCAUGGUCCUGCCCUACCUCAUAGGGUGGACACUGCACAUGGCAGUCCUUGUUUUUCUCUUUCAAAUAAAACACCAGUCAAGUACCUUUAUUCCAGGCUCACUCUCCCGGGUUCAGAAGAUCUAGAGAAGCCAGGACCCCAGCGGUAGGUUCAGGGAGGGGUGGUAGAUAGUAAGCAUCCCAGGAGACCAGCCUGCAAACCAGGUCCAGCAGUCCAAGCACAUGGCCUCCCAUCUGGGUGAGCCACUGUCCCACUCCCACAUGUCUGGGCACCUGCCCUGGGCUGAGGCCAGGCUGCUCCAGGGGCCUCUUGAGCCCUCAUCUGCCACAGAACAACCCAGGUUAAAUACAGCCCAUGCACAAAUCCACAGGCUCUAUAAAGCCAGUGGAAUUUUUAAUAAUCAGAGUUAACCAUUUUCAUAGUCGGUUCCUGGAGGUGUGCAGAGUGCCUGUUUGCCUCUUGUAGACCCACAGCUUCUUGUUGCUAUUUGUGGUAUCCUUGUCAUUCUACAUAGGGACAUUAUAGCCUAGCACCCUCAGUCUUUGCCCUCGUCCAGCUGCCCCAUCACAGCCCUGCGGCCUCCCCCUGCUGCCCACGCACGCCAAUUCCACGGGCAGGGAGAGGCAGUCUCCUGAAGCCUGUGUUUCUGUGACUGUCUUAGGUGAUCCGUAGCCCUCUCCAUCUUUCACCCAACAACUUUCUAUCCCUGUUCUGCUGCACGGUCCAGAGUCAGGGGCCUACUCUGUUUCUUUGCUAUUUAUGACCUUGUUUAAAAGAAAUAAAUAAAUAUCUCCCAACCUUUA